AGAGACAGAGGUGGUGCAUCCGAUGCACCGUUCGGAGCGGUGACCACUCACACAGAGCCAUACUUCACUGAGGACAGAGGUGGUGUAUCUGAUGCACCGUACGGAGCAACUUCCACGCAAGCGGACCCAUACUUUCCAGAGGAAAGGCGUUCAUCACCGUACCGCAACCUUACGCCCCGCAACGUUACGCCGGAGGAAAGAGAUAGAGCCAGAGAUUCUAUUUUCGCUCGUCUAGACGAACCAAAGUAA